AGUCACUCUAUUGGCUCUCAAAUCACCCACUGCGAUCGAUUGAUCUCUCAAACUGCAGAUUUUUUCUUUUUUGCUGUCUUCCCACCAGAAGUACACUUGACACAAAUUUGAUGGCUAAUCGAGCUGAGCACAGCCCCAACGAGCACGGGAUGGAGAGUGGUAGCGUGGGGCAUGUUUAUACCCUGGACGAAGCGCUUUCUGUGGUAGGGUUUGGGAAAUUCCAAGUUUUCGUGCUGUUGUACGCGGCACUAGGGUUGAUCUCCGAAUCAAUGGAAUUGAUGAUAUUGUCGUUCAUAGGACCUUCUGUUAAAGAUGAGUGGGAGAUUUCAUCAGCGCAGGAAAGCUUGAUAAGCACCGCGGUGUUCGCCGGAAUGCUCGUCGGAGCUUAUUUCUGGGGCGUCUUGUCGGAUAGCUAUGGAAGAAGGAUUAGCCUUCUUGGUGUUGCUGCAUUAACUGCCAUAGCUGCGUUUCUUUCUUCCUUCUCCCCGAAUUAUGUUUCUCUGGUGCUAACCCGCAUGGUAGUCGGCAUCGGUCUAGGCGGUGGACAUGUGUAUUCAUCAUGGUUUCUUGAGUUUGUACCUGUUCAUAACCGUGGCAUUUGGAUGUCCAUCAAAACUACGGGAACAACACUGGGGACAGUUCUUGAGGCCUUAUUGGUGUGGCUUGUUUUGCCACGAAUGGGAUGGAGGUGGCUACUUGCAAUAUCAUCGGUUCCCUGUUUUGCAGCAUUUGGAUUAUACUUUCUCACAGUAGAGUCUCCACGAUAUCUCUAUGCCAACAGCAAGAUCGCUGAUGUACAUAACAUUUUGAAGAGAGUGGCUGUAGUAAACAAAAGGGAACUUCCUCCGGGGAAUUUGAUUUCUGAUUGCAUCACUGAGUUGGAUGAGGAAUCUAAUUCAACAGCAGACGACGCCCCUUUACUAUCCAGCAAAAAGAAGGAAACUUCUGUUCUGCUACCGGGCUUGCAAUCCUUGUUCUCCCUUCUUUCACCAAGUACAUUACGAGCGACCCUUCUGAUUUGGGUAAUCUACUCUGCCAAUGCAUUUCUGUACUAUGGAGUUGUGUUGUUGACCUCCGAGUUAAGUAGCGGAGAAAGCCAAUGCGCGACAAGUGGAUCUCAUUCUUACGAUGAGACAAAUUCUAGCCUUUAUGAAAAUGUAUUUGUUGUUAGUCUUGCAGAGCUCCCUGGGGUUGUUUUAGCUGCAAUUUUUGUCGACAAAAUUGGCCGUAGAAACUCCAUGUUACUCAUGUAUCUGUGCAGCUUCAUACUUGUGUUACCGCUCAUGUUCUAUCCAAAUGAAGUUUUGAAAGUUUGUCUGUUGUUCGGAGCUCGUAUGUUUAUCAUCGGGGGCUAUACUUUGGCUGGCAUUUACUGCCCGGAGAUAUAUCCGACAAGUAUUAGGAGCACGGGAGCGGGUGUUGCCACUGCAGUCGCUAGAAUUUCGAGCAUGAUUAGUCCGUUUGUCUCUGUGGGAUUGGUUUCGAGCUGCCACCAAGCGGUUGCAGUAGGUAUAUUUGAGUUUGUAAUAAUAUUUUCUGCAACUUGUGUCUUUUUCUUUGCAGUUGAAACCAAAGGAAAAGAGCUAAACGACAAUGUUUCCACGAACAAUUAGAGCUGGCAUGGCCUCCGAGAUAUCGAUUACCUGGAGGUUAGUUAUUCAUGUUAAUUUGUAAUUGUAAAAUAUGACAUAAAUUACUGCUUAUUAUGUACAAUAAUCGAAGCAUAUCUCGUAGGGGUAUUAUAGUUUUGGUUUGAAAAUUACGCUGUUGCUACCUUAGUUUAGUCCUUUUUCCGUCUACCAAAUGUAUGCAUAUUUGAAUUGUAACUAGUUUUAAUAAAUGUGUAAUUAUAUGAGUUGAUUAUGACAUAAAACAACAAUAUUGUGAGAA